AUGUCGUGUAAUACGAUAUCUUGUGCCUCAAAAUCACGCGCCUUGUUUUCUCCUGUCGGCGACAAUUCGCAAAAAAAUUCUUUCACCAAGACACCAAAUUCAAACAAAACACACAUACCAACUCAAAUGGAACAGACUCCGAGUAAUACCUUCCCGUCACAACUGUUGGUAGCCCUUAAACAAACACCGGCAUUAACUGCAGGAUUACCCAUAUUUACCCUCAUACUAUGUUUUUUCAAAAAUUCUAUGGGAUUUGAAUUCUCGAGUUUAAUACUUUAUCCUCGAUCACCAUUAGAAUUCAAUUUAAAUGCAAUAUCGUUGUACCCAUUAAUUCAUGUUGGUUAUUUGCAUUGGUUUAUAAAUAUUUGUGCAAUAUUCACCCCAUUGGCCAUGUUUGAAAAACGUCAUGGUACUGUAUAUACUGGGAUCACCUUGAAUCUUUUGACAGUAAUUGCUGCUUUACAGUAUUGUAUUGUUGGGUUGUUUCUUUACCCUGAUACUGGGGUAAUUGGGUUAUCAGGAAUCGGAUUUUCAUUUAUUGCAUAUAUGGCUUACAAGGAACAUCAGUACAAGCCAGUAUUGGAUAGUUUUAAAAUUGGAUCGCGUGAAAUCAAGAUUUAUACCUUGGCUACUCCUUUCAUUGCCGCUAUUUUCUGUUUAAUUGUGUUUCCGGCUAGCUCUUUACCUGGUCAUUUGGCUGGUAUUUCCACCGGAUUUCUUUUAGCUAAAGGUUAUAUAAACAAAUUGUAUCCGCCAUCGAGUAUCAUAUUGAAAAUUGAGAAAUUUGUGGCACCAGGUAUUGCAUUAAUUGGCCAAAUUGUGUUUUACCAUAAAGAAGAAGAAGCGGUUCAUGUUCGAGGUGUUCAGUAUGAGCCAUUAUUUGCUGAAACAGAUGCUGAAUCUUUAUCUGCAUCCACCUCUGUUGCACAGCCACAACCACAACCUACACGCAGUACAUCAUAUAUAAGAGAGACACACGUUUUGGGAGGAGCCCAGUAG